UUUCGGUGCUUCUCGUCGCGCUUCAUCAGAACCGUCAGAACCCGGAGCUGCUCGGUCUGGACCCUCUCGCUUCUUUUUAGUUUUUAAGUUCUGUUUGGGUCGAAAGUUUUGAAAUAAAACGAGAAGAUUAAAAAAAAAAAAAGAAGAAAAGUAACGGGUUUGAAGACGUCCUGCUUUACGUCACCUCCCAGCGGACUGGAGCCGUUUGCGGGCCGACGGUACGGAACUCCUUUACGAUGCUGAAGAAGAACCAUGACUCUCCCCUCGGCCGCGCAGCCGCCGCCCGGAGGCCGCAGCCGUCAGGGAGCUUCUUAUAAAGGAAGGAGGAGGCGAGGAGCCGAGGAGCCGAGGAGCCGAGAGGAAACCCGUCUCGCAGGAUUUCGGCGGCGAGAAAUGUGAAGAGAAGACGCUCGGCUGAGGAACCAGAAGAGAGAUCUUUCUUCUGGAUGUCCCCCCCCCCCCCCCCCCCGCCUGCACGCCGUCACAGAGAGGAGAGACCAUGGCGGGCGCCGGCAGCACGCCGCCGCCUCCCGCCUCGCCAUCACUGGCCCCGUCCCGCUCGUUCCCGCUCCUCCCUCAGCACGCCGCCCCGCCCACGCCGUCCCCGCCCACGCCGUCCCCGCCCACGCCGGCCCCGCCCUGCGGCCGGCUCUCCAACGGCGGCCCGGCGGCGCCGAGCCCCGCGGACUCUCGGGGGUCCGUCCUCGGGGUCUCCUUCCUGGUUCAGAUCGGACUCAGCAGGGAGACGGUGACCCUCGACCCCGGGGACCGCUCGCUGGCCGCCGUCCGGGAGCUGGUGUGCUCCAUCGUGGCCCUGAAGUUCCCAGAGUGUGGUUUCUAUGGCCUCUACGAUAAGCUCCUCCUCUUCCGUCACGACCUGGGCUCAGACAACGUUCUGCAGCGCCUCACGUCGGCGGAGGAGAUCCAGGACAACGACCUGGUGGAGGUGGUGCUGUCGGCUCUCGCCACGGCCGAGGACUUCCAGAUCCGGCCUCACGCGCUCUACGUUCACUCCUACAAGGCGCCGGCCUUCUGCGACGACUGCGGCGAGAUGCUGUGGGGGCUCGUCAGGCAGGGCCUCAAGUGUGAAGGAUGCGGCCUGAACUACCACAAGCGCUGUGCGUUCAAGAUCCCCAACAACUGCAGCGGCGUGAAGAAGAGGCGCCUGUCCAACGUCUCGCUGCCGGGCGCCGAGAUCACCGCGGCGCCGCAGGAGGAGCGCCCCCUGCUGGCCGGGACGCGUAACUCUCUGCUGAGCGGCCGGCCCAUCUGGAUGGAGAAGAUGGUGCUGGGCCGGGUGAAGGUGCCCCACACCUUCUCUGUCCACACCUACACCCGGCCCACCAUGUGCCAGUUCUGCAAGCGGCUGCUGAAGGGCCUCUUCCGCCAGGGCCUGCAGUGCAAAGAUUGUAAGUUUAACUGCCAUAAGAGAUGUGCGGCCAAAGUACCUCGAGACUGCCUCGGGGAGGUCGACUUCAACGGAGAACCGGCCAGUCCCAGCAGUCUGGACUCCGAUGCCACGAUGGAGGUGGACAACGGCGACGCCAGCAGCAGCGACGGCGGCCACAGCCUGGACGAGCAGGACGACAAGCUGUUCCCCAUCGAGGGCGAGAAGGACGACGAGGCGCCCAGAGCCGCCAGCCCGUACACCAGCAGCAACAUCCCUCUGAUGCGAGUGGUUCAGUCCAUCAAACACACCAAGAGGAAAAGCUGCACGCUGGUGAAGGAGGGCUGGAUGGUUCACUACAGCAGCAGCGACAACAUGAGGAAGAGGCAUUACUGGAGGCUGGACAGCAAGACUCUGACUCUGUUUCAGAAUGAAAGUGGAGCCAAGUUUUACAAGGAGAUCCCACUGUCCGAGAUCCUGCAGGUGGAGCCGGCGCCGCAGGGCUCGGGCCGCCCGCCGCCGGGCCGCAACCCGCACUGCUUCGAGGUGAUCACGGCCAACAUGGUGUACUACGUCGGGGAGGACGGUGGCGGGCCCCACAACCCUGUGCUGGCGCUGACCGGCGUGGGGCGGGACGUGGGCGGCGCCUGGGAGAAGGCGGUGCGACAGGCGAUGAUGCCCGUCACGCCCAACGCCGGCGUGGGAACCGGAGCCGGCAAGGACCACAAGGACGUCUGCCUCAGCAUCUCGGUUUCCAACUCCCAGAUCCAAGAGAACGUGGACAUCAGCUCUGUGUAUCAGAUCUUUGCCGACGACGUCCUCGGCUCCGGUCAGUUCGGGAUCGUCUACAGCGGUAAACACAGGAAGUCCGGCCUAGACGUGGCGAUCAAGAUCAUCGACAAGAUGAGAUUCCCCACGAAGCAGGAGAGCCAGCUGAGGAACGAGGUGGCCAUCCUGCAGAAGCUGCACCACCCGGGCAUCGUGAACCUGGACUGCAUGUUCGAGACGCCGGAGCAGGUGUUCGUGGUGAUGGAGAAGCUCCACGGAGACAUGCUGGAGAUGAUCCUGUCCAGCGAGAAGAGCCGGCUGCCCGAGCGCCUCACCAAGUUCCUGGUCACGCAGAUCCUCGUGGCCCUCAGACAUCUCCACUUCAAGAACAUCGUCCACUGUGACCUGAAGCCGGAGAACGUCCUGCUGGCCUCGGCGGAACCCUUCCCCCAGGUGAAGCUCUGUGACUUCGGCUUCGCCCGCAUCAUCGGGGAGAAGUCGUUCCGCCGCUCCGUGGUCGGCACGCCGGCGUACCUGGCGCCCGAGGUGCUGCGCAGCAAAGGCUACAACCGCUCGCUGGACAUGUGGUCGGUGGGCGUCAUCGUGUACGUGAGCCUGAGCGGCACGUUCCCCUUCAACGAGGACGAGGACGUCAACGACCAGAUCCAGAACGCCGCCUUCAUGUACCCGUCCAACCCCUGGAAGGAGAUCUCAGAGCGCGGCGGGGCCACAGACCUCAUCAACAACCUGCUGCAGGUGAAGAUGAGGAAACGCUACAGCGUGGACAAGUCGCUGAGUCACCCCUGGCUGCAGGACUACCAGACCUGGUUGGACCUCCGAGAGUUCGAGAUGCGGCGCGGCGAGCGCUACAUCACCCACGAGAGCGACGACGCCCGCUGGGAGGAGCACGCCGACGAGCGAGGCCUGCACUGCCCCGAGCACUUCAUCAUGUCGCCCAACCUGGACGACGUGGACGAGGACCCCUAGUGGCGGAAACGGGUAGAAACACUUUUAAGGGAGGCAGCGGUUCGGCUUCCUUAUGACGACCAAUCAGAGCCGGAGGAUUUUUAUUAAGGAACAUUAUUACUUUUUCACUGCGAUUGUUAUUUUUAUAUUUUCUUUUCACAAGCCAUAACAAAUGAGCCCUGAGAGCCAAAAACUGGAGGAACAUUUUAUUCCCAGGAUGCAACAAUCAAUAAAUAAAAGGGCUACUAGCUUAAAACAGAGCUUCUCUGUUCGCGUCCAUGUGUGACGUCGUUGUCACGCUUUACACCUCAUGAAGACUUGCAGAGAAUCUUUUAUAUAUAAAUAAAUAACUCGAUUAUGUUGCGUUGGGAGAUAUUUGCAAUAUUGGGAAACUUUAAAAAAAGAAAAGGAGAAUUCACUGAUCAUUUUUUUUUUUCCAUCUGCAAAAGUGAAGUUCUCCCUUACCUGCGAACCUGAAGAGAGAGGUGCAUUAUGGGAUGUCUGAAACUGGCUUCUUAAGCCCUGAAUGCUCCAGUGACACAACAGAACAUAAACUUACCGUUAGCAUGUUAACGUGCCAAUAACUAUCACAUAUUAAUGUAAAAUUCAUGUUUCACUCUGGCGCUGUAGCACGCUAAACUUAGCAUGCUAACAUGCUAAGUUUAGCGUGCUAACACAUAUUAAUAUGCUGGGAUUUAUUUUCAUAGUCGUUAUAAAUCACGUUACAACUCACAACUUCUUUUGCAUUGUCACAUGCUAACUUUAGCGUGCUAACACGCGAACCGUAGCAUGCCAACAUGCUAAUGAUGCCAAUAACAACAAUUCAGGUAUAUUAUGUCACGAAAACGUCUUAAAGAUGUUUAGAAACGUGACAUCAGGUCAGCUUUUAAAACUUUACAAAAACUUAAAUGUUGAAUAAAUGAUUUAAAGCUUAACUUCCAACACAGGAAGUAGCUUUCUAGAUUAGCGUUAGGAGCUAACCGCUAACUCUUUACGGACAAUUCACCAACUUAACUAGCAUUGAAAUUAUGUUAUGAUAAAAAAAUAUUAAUAGAUUAACACUAAAUUAGUAUGUCAGUAUGAUGCAACAUUUAGCAUCUUAGCUUGUUAGCAUGUUGGCAAUACACGUUUAACUUCAGAAUCAGAAUCAGAAACAGUUUUAUUGCCAGGAAUGUUUACACAAACGAGGAAUUUUUUUUGGUGGAAGGUGCAACAUUUGGACAUGACAAACAAACAACAAUCAACACGACAGAAAGACAACAAAUAAUGUGAAAGUGUUUGGGUGUGUGCUUCAAGUGGUGUGUUUUAGUUAAAAGUGUAUGUUACGCGUGGCGUGUGUUUAAGUUAAAGUGCAUGCAAAUAAAGUGGCAUGUGUGUGGAGGAGGCCUCAAGUUAAA